UUUCACGCCCGCGUGUCCGAGGGCGCCCACCGCGCCGCGGACGGCGAACCCGCUCCUCGUUAUCGCACGACGUGACAUCUCUUUAUUUUGGGCCCCGUCCCCGGGGUUUACUUGGCAAAAACAGACGCCGCCCGCCAACCCGCCGAAAGUAUAGCGCAAGGGAGAUUUCAGCCUCAAGCGCAGUCUCUCCGUCUCCGCGUUGCCUAGGAGACAGGAAGCCGCCCUUGGAAACGGACGGAGCUGGUAGCAUCUCGCCACAGCAGGCACCGCCGUGCUAUAUUCACCAGUAGAAAUGUCUCCUGUGUGGAUCGCCCUUCCUCUGUCCGCCCUGAAGUCUUAGCUUAGGAUAGGUGAGACACAGUGCGACAGGCAGGAUCGAAACAGCGUCUUUUUUCCGCUCUCCCUCGCCAGGUAAACAUCCACCCUUCAUCACCAAUCUGUAGAGAGAAAAGUGAAGGGUGAAUGCUCAUGUUUUAUGUCUGUUUUUUCAAGAAAAAGCCUUUGAGUAGCCUCACAGCAGCAGAAGGAUAGAGCACAGUAGAGGGCCGUUAAGUUGUUGACGUGUGGCGGGAUGUUGCUGUGCUUACAAUGACCAACUGUUGGACUGUGCGGGACUGUCAAGGCUCCUUGGUGAAGGAUAGGCACGGCUCUCUUUGGACAAUGAACCGCUACACCACUCUGAAGCAGCUGGGGGAUGGCACAUAUGGCAGCGUGCUCCUGGGCAAGAGCAAUGAGACCGGGGAGCUGGUGGCCAUAAAGAGGAUGAAGAGGAAGUUUUAUUCUUGGGAUGAGUGCUUGAAUCUGAGGGAGGUGAAGUCUCUGAAGAAGCUGAACCAUGCCAAUGUGGUGAAACUGAAGGAAGUCAUCAGGGAAAAUGACUAUCUCUACUUUGUCUUUGAGUACAUGAAAGAAAACCUCUAUCAGCUCAUGAAAGGAAGGGAAGAUACGAUGUUUUCUGAAAAUGAGAUAAGGAACAUUCUGUUCCAAGUAUUGUCUGGCUUAGCAUUUGUGCAUAAGCACGGGUAUUUCCAUCGUGAUAUGAAACCAGAGAACUUGCUCUGCAUGGGCCCAGAGCUGGUUAAGAUUGCGGAUUUUGGACUAGCACGAGAAAUCCGCUCCCAGCCACCUUACACUGAUUACGUGUCCACGAGAUGGUACCGAGCUCCAGAGGUUCUCCUCAAGUCCAACUCCUACAGCUCACCCAUCGACAUCUGGGCCAUGGGCUGCAUCAUGGCGGAGCUCUACACUCUGAGACCCCUGUUCCCCGGCAACAGCGAGGUUGACGAGAUCUUCAAGAUCUGUCAAGUGCUGGGAACGCUGAAGAAGUCGGACUGGCCCGACGGCUACAACCUGGCCGUCUCGAUGAACUUCCGCUUCCCAAAGUGUGUCCCCACCAGCCUCAGAUCCCUGAUCCCCAACGCCAGCGACGAGGCGAUCGCACUGAUGAAAGACAUGUUGCAGUGGGAUCCUGAGAAAAGGCCAAGUGCUGUUCAGGCUCUGCGGUAUCCAUACUUCCAUGUCGGCCAGGCGCUUGGUGUUCCUUUGAAGUGCUCAGAGCAGCACAAGGCUCAGGCAAAGAUGUCCGAGUCGGCUGCAGAACCAAAGCCUCCGUCCCUCCAUAAGACGAACCUGGAGUCCAGCGAGCCAAGUAAGACCCAGGCAGAGCCACAGACCUCCAGCCAAUCUCUACCCCAGCCUCUGCAGGAGAUCCCCCUUCCUCAUGACAACAUGGAGCCAAGCACACAACAAGCAACAGCAGGGCAGCAGGAACCCCUCAGCCUGGUGAAAAACAGGCAACCGAUGAGCUGGCAAACUCGAGGAGCAGCCACUGGAGCAGAGAACAGUGUAUCCAGAGUCAGGACUGGACGCAGACGGUGGGGCCAGACGUCUUUCAAGUCAUCGGACAGCUGGGACGAUGGUGACGACACAGACACUGGAGUUUCCAUCUCCAAAAAACCCACUAUCAGCUCUCUGAAAGACAGGACACUCGAUGGGCACAGCUGUCGAUUUCCAGAGUCAAAGAGAGACAAUACAGUAGCAAAAUUACCGAGCAACACCGGGCUAAACAGAACUGACUCCACCACCUUGUCUGCCAAGCAGCACUACCUCCGCCAGUCCAGAUAUCUGCCAGGUAUAAUUCCAAAAAGCAGAUCCUCAGUAGGUGGCCAGGUGGCAAGCAGAAACCUGUGGCAUAGCUCCUGCUUAACCAGAGGACAAGGCCUGGAGUUCCCUCUUAAUAAAGACGCUAGUCUUCCUAAACUAGCAGAUAAGCAGCCUCCAAAGGAAAAGACCUUGGAGGAUCUUGAUCUUUCCAAAGACUCCUUCAUGAGCAACAGCAACAACCCAACCAAGACACAUAUAUCACCUUUUCAGACGAUCGAAGCAGGAGCAGCCCGACAGAGGAUUACCCUGGCACCGAUUGCGGGAACCUGCGCGACUGCUGAUCUACGAAUUGACUCCAGAAUCAAAGCGUGUAAGAGCAAGAUCUCUGCGAAUAAACAGGCCGCCUCAAAUGAAGAGUAUGAAGGAUGGAGGAACAGAUCUCUAAAUCCUCUGAUCCCCGGAUCCAGCACCUGCUCUAUAGGGAAGAAAACCUUUGCGCGGAGCACAAAUAUCCAGCCAGUGCACGGACGAGUAGACUGGGCCGCCAAAUACGGAGGUCACCGGUAGCGCAGCAGUGCGCUCUGCUCCGCCAGUGACUCCCACUGCACUUUCACCAGGAAAUUUGCUACUCUUUUGUUGCAUUUGCCAUGCUAUUAAAUAUUUUUCAGUGCUGUACAAGUGUGUCAUGACUUAUACCAUCAGUAUUUUUUU